UUUUCAUCGUUAUUACUAUUUUUUUAUUCUUUCUCCUCUCCGAUGAGGAAGUUUCACUGGUUGCUGCUUUUCCUAUGGAGGCUCCGCACAUCUUGCGGCACCACCGAUCAUGUUGAAGGACGUGAGAUGCGUUUAUCGGUCCAAGCUGGUUGGCAUCUGAUACCGGUUGACACUAGGACACUGUGCCACGGUGAUUUCCUCCUCCGUGUGAUAGCGAUCAUAUGUGCUUAGGGUUACGGACAAGACAUCAACCUCGUCAUCUGCUGGCCAGUGCACCUUGAGCUGUGAAUGUGGCGAUAUGCUAUAGGAUUUUAAUAGGUCAGGACAAAGACGCGGCAUCCAAUCCAGCCUCAACAUGGUGCAGAAGUACCAAUCUCCAAUCAGGGUUUACAAGUACCCGUUUGAGUUGGUUAUGGCGGCAUACGAACGUCGUUUUCCAACGUGCCCUAUGAUACCUGUCUUCCUGGGAAGCGAUACAAUGUCCGAAUUUAAGAGCGAGGAUGGUGCCGUUCAUGUAAUCGAACGUCGCUGCAGACUCAAUGUUGAUGCACCCUACUUAUUGAAAAAGAUUAUUGGUGUGGAUUUCGUGUACUUUGUUCAAAAGAAUUCCCUCGAUCGUCGAGCACGAGUGCUCAAAAUCGAGGCUUACAAUGAGAGCUUCUCCACCAGAGUCGGAAUCCAAGAAAACUGUACCUAUUCGGUACAUCCGGAGAACUCCGAAUGGACCUGCUUUGAGCAGAGCGCUUCGCUGGAUGUCAAGUCUUUCUUUGGCUUCGAAAAUGCAGUUGAGAAGCUGGCCAUGAAGCAGUACUCUCAAAACAUAUCCAAGGGCAAGGAGAUCAUAGAAUACUACAUAAACGAACUCCUCAAAGAGGGGAUCACGUUCAUCCCUCCGUUCAAGGACCAAAACAAAACGGUGGAGAAUGCAAAGACCGCCGUGCUGGUGGAAGAGGUUGCAGAAAAGGUGAAGAAGCCGGUAAAAGCGGAGAAGAAGGUGUCCCUGCCCACCAUUGCGGCAGACUCCCUUAUUGCCGCAGGAGAUGCCAACAUGAAACUUGAAUCCGAGUACAUCGAGCGUUGUCUGGGGUCGCUAACACCAUAUCAAGAGUCCUGUCUUGUCAUGCUGAAGAAGUGGAUGGCGGAAGCCCAUCAAGGAAAGGUUCCAAACGACCGUAUGUUGGUACGGUUCUUGCAAGCUCAAGACUUCAACUUGGAAAAGGCUCGCGAGAUGUUGUGCCAAUCUCUGGUGUGGCGAAAAAAGUACCAAGUCGACAGGUUGCUCAGCAGCUAUGAACUACCUGCAGUAGUCAAAGACUACUUUCCCGGUGGUUGGCACCACUACGACAAAGAUGGCCGGCCUUUGUACGUUCUACGUUUGGGUCAGGUAGACAUGAAGGGUUUCAUCAAAUCUAUAGGAGAACAGGGGCUUGUUAAACUUACUCUACAUUUGUGCGAAGAAGGACUGAGGCGGACCGAGGAAGCGACUGUAAAGUUCGGAAAGCCAAUAAGCUCGUGGACUUGCCUGCUCGACCUAGAGGGCCUCAACAUGCGCCAUCUCUGGCGGCCCGGCAUGCGCGCGUUGCUGCACAUCAUCGAGAUGGUCGAAGCCAACUACCCGGAAACGAUGGGACGCUGCCUCGUCGUGCGCGCUCCGCGAGUCUUCCCGAUCCUCUGGGCCCUGGUGGGAACCUUCAUCAACGACAACACCCGCACCAAGUUCACCUUCUUUGGCGGAGGGGAUUGUCACGCGCCCAUCGCGGAGUUCGUCGACCCGACAUUCGUUCCAGAUUUUCUUGGUGGUCCAAGUAGGACGUCUAUUCCGGACGGAGGCAUCAUUCCCAAAAACUUCUACAUGUCCGAGGAGGACUACGAGAGGGAGAAAGCAGAGGGCUUCCACCUUUUUGAUGAUACCAUGUAUCAUUCUGUCAGUAUUACCAGAGGACAGGUGCACGAGGUUGUGAUAGAAAUUGAAGACCAAGGCAGCGUCAUCUGCUGGGACUUCGACAUCAUGAAGGAGGAUGUGGCUUUUACGGUAUUCCACACGACCCGGGAGCUUCCUCCACGGGCCGAAGUCGGUGACAGAGGUGGAGGCGGGGACGCAGAAGAGGACGGAGAACCUGUCGGAUGUGCUCACUCGCCACUUCCUCUGGCAAUGCUUUCGCUUGAAUCAUCUUCCGCUCCGUCGGCGAUUCCCAAGAAUUGGGUUGCGGGAGAGGAUUAUAAGAUUGUUGAGCCUACCAUCACGUGCCACGAUGGCGAAAGUGUGCAGGGCUCGCAUGUAACCGGUGCGGCAGGGAGUUACAUCCUUCAGUGGCGGCACAUGGACAAUUUGCCCCACCACUCUUUCGAGUUCCCCUUGGCCCCUCACAAGGGAAAAGUGAUGUACUACUACGAGUUGCUCAAGUCACAGGACUAUCGGGGUUCAAUGUCAAGCCUGCAGUCAUCUCAUAGCGGCAACACGACCCACUCCUCAAGCGACCAGUCGGCACUGAGCUCCUGUCCUUCGAGGUGAUAGCGGAACAGCGAAUGCAGUCGCGGAUGGAGCUCACCGACGAUUGGCGUCUAUGGUGUGGGAUGCAUACGCCGCUUGUUGGCUGGCACGCGCGCAGCGAAGAACGCUGUCGUCUUACAUCGCGGAAGAAAUUUCUACAGAGUCUACGUGUCAGUGAGAUGACAAGUUGUUACGUUCGUGUUUUUAGCCCAUUUGAGUGCACUUUGGAUUGAGUGGCGGCACUGUGUCUGUGAAGAUGUAGUUUUUACACGAAAUAUUGUACCUGGUGAAAAUUUUUACCUGCGACUGCGUGCAUGUUUGCUCAGCUAUGUAGCGGGCUCACGAGUGCCGCGGGGACGCAGAUCUGCUUGGAGAGGACAGCUCUCUCUCGAGAGACGAAGGUACAGCUGGUCCUCUACCCUAAAUCCUGAACCUUGUUCGCGAGCGUGUUUGCUACGAAUACGUACACGUUGAUUGAUGAUGGUUGAUAAUCAAAAUCAUUGAUUUGUUAUGUGGAUAUACAGGGGUACAAGGAGAACACAGCAGAGGCAGGGAUCUUUUUUAAUACCCUGGCUUUAUAAUCAAGAAUCAGGGUAGCACCUUGUCAUUGUUUACCGACGGCCUUCAUCUAACAAAGUGUUACUGACAAAAUGUCUGUCUGAGGUGUUCUACGUACACUACUGACAAUGUCGGUCUGAUGCGACGGUUUGUGCGAGCAGACCAUAGCGAAAAAGUUUAUUUCAAUUCAGAGAGCUGCAGGUUGUUGUGGCGACCCUGUCCUGUUCUAAAGGACUGGGGGAACCUUCUGAGCAGCCGGGCAUAGCGAAAAAAGUAUUUUUCUGGGAAAUAUUUCCAUGGUGUUUCAGAGCUGUUGCUGCUGUGAAAUACAUUUCUGAUGACUCUAAAACGCAGCCAUUUUGAAAGUGUAGUCUGCUAGAAGGUUAGUUUAGUAAAGGGAUAAUUUGUAUUCGAGAGUCUUGACGUCAUUAUUGGUCGAAAUCUCUGCAUACCACGCAGUAGAUUUGACCUGAAAACUACAACCAUUUCUGUUCCAGGGAUUAAGUACUGAAAUUGGGCGAUCCAAAAGACGCAGACAAGUCAUGUAUGAAACGAUCGUGUAAUAAUUUAGCAUCCUUUCCGCUAGUGUGUAUAGAUAGUGUACGUGUGCAUGAGGUUUAGAAUGUAACUCGAGCUCAUUGUUGACAGUCAUGACGUGUAACAAAAACACUUAGCCAUAACUUUUGUGCCUGCACUCCGGUGGUAUUACUGCAAUAAAAUGACCACACGUACCAGUGAGUUACAAAAAAAAAAAGGAAGUAUUCACCUAGUACCUAAUAAUUAAACAUAUCUAAUCCUCUGGUUGCAGGCACAGGAGUGGGUUAUUGUCCAAAAAUUACAUACCUAUUGAGCUGUUGAAUACUUUGCAGUGCAGUCGUACAUGUGUAGUGUGAAAGUUAGUCUGUAGGGCACGGCUAUGAUUGGCUGAUCCGCCCAGCGCAGUUCACUGUGCUCCCUAGUAACUUUUGCUGCACUUUGUGAAGUAGAAGUGGGCUGGUUUGUUGGAGGCUACUAGACAUAGCUGUAGGACUUCAGAACGAAUAUCACACGAGUUAUUGUAUUCUUGUACUUAAUAGUGAAUAAACAAGGUAGGCUAGCAGCUCAGUGCUUAGUAUUAUACAGCAGCUUUAGAAUUUGAUCGCAGCAGGUUAAAAUGUGUUCUCGAAUCCAGAUACACUGUGCUUCAGAGAGUUGUAUCCGUUGACAGAAAGAGAUAGGCUAUUCUGCAUCAUAAUUGGACUUUUCGUUUCGGCCAGCUGCUUAGCUAGAUGCGCUACAAGUAAGCUUAGAAUGUGGUUAACUAAGGAUGUGUCAAAGUAUUAUGAGAUCCAUAAAUUGCGUUGUCUUCCAACGUAUGGUGCUUUCAUGUGCUUCGAGCCUGCCGUGGCUUUAGUCAAUCUUGGUGCCAGUCUAUUUAGCCGUAGCCGGAUCCCUUUACACAAGAGGUGUUGCGGACAGAAGGGCUUUCAGUGGUGCAAUCAUUUGCGCGGUUGCUUCGGAGGGGAGCGCUGAACGUUAGUAUUUGUGCUUCGUUUAGCUUUGCUAAACGCAGGUUUCAACUUGAAGUGAUGUACGAUUGUGCCGUGUACGAUACAUGUGUUUUACUAUGCGUUUACAUGCUUUUACCUGUGUGUGUACAUUCCUGUGAUUUAAGGAUUUUCUCGUAAUUUAAGCUUUCUGGGAUGGCUGUGUCUUUGCAUGAGGGAUCCAAAGAUGUACCCAGGGAAACAAGAGCCACCUACACAUCAGUUUCUUUUUAUUUAUUUAUGGUAGCAUAUUCAUCUCGUUAUGCAGCUUGAGAUGAUUUCGUGUUGUGUCUGAGGUCAUGCACGUAAAUCUGGCAUGUAACAAGAUCAGGAGUAAUCGAAGAGCCGUUUGUUUCAGGACUUCGCCGAUUGGGGCAAAAACAGGCUUUGUGCAGUAACUAUCUACUGGGGGCGUUGCAUAUUCUCUGCUGUGAAGUGAAGGCUAAUGGCCGCUUUGGUGAUUAUAAGGCGUGCAGAACUCCAAAAAGUCCGUGCAGCAGCUUUUCUCGGUGUCUCUUCACAAAGUAAAUGCAGAUCGCUGACCAAAAGCCAUCGCUUGUUUAAUGCGAGGUGAGAUACGACUUCAACAACAACGUACAAGUGAAUGCACCAAGCUAGCGUCAACAAAGUUUGCAUUUGUCAACGACUACUAUUUGGCUGCAAUGUUGCAUAUCUCACCUGAAAAGUAAAAUCUGAAGCAGCUUCCCUCGUGUGCAGUUUUCUGACGUAGCUGGACUGAAAGACCAAUUCCUCUCUUCUUCUUCAGCCUACGUAACACGCAUGCUGUAUUGCACCUAGAUCUGGACAUGACUUGCACCUAUGCACUUGCUCGAUACCAUGAGGAAUUCGAGCCAUCUCUCCUAUUGAAUGCUGGUUAAGAUGAAAGUGACUUGGGAUUUUACAGCACUUACCCUUAUCCAUGCGAGUAUUUUUACAAAUAAAUGUUGAGGCGAUUAUUUUCCUGCAACUCCAAAAAUGUACUUUUAUUGAUAACUCAUGCUAGUAAUGGGAUUUGCGACAGACAUGCUGAAAUUUUACUUCUGUGACAAAACCCUGUUACAGUGACUGUGUUGCUGUAUUCCCCUUGGCACAGUUUUGGAUCCCUUGGGUAACAUUUCUUAGUGAUGGCGUGAAAGAUGAACUUGUGCUUCCUCGUGGUGGGACUGUCGGGAAGUUUUGGAAGAUACUUGCUGGGAGGUGCUGUUGCAACCCACCUUAGGGUUAGUCUUACUUACCACACAUGGAUCAAGCGAUAAGAAAUUUGUCCAAGACAUGAUUGGUUGGUUGGGGCCUCCUGUGGAGGUCUUGUUACGGACUGAAAGUAUAUCCAAGCUGUUUGGAUGUUAUUGUGGAAAAUAAAAAUGUAAAAUGUG